AUGUUGAUGAACGACACUAAUUUGAAAAAUGUGAUAGGUGAGUAUCUGGCAUCGAAAACGACCACUGUUCGUCCGAAAGCGGUUGGUUUCAAACACACUCCUGUUCAAAACGAUGUAUUGAUAAUUGGAAAUUUACCACUGAAACUGUACGAUGAUCAAGCCACCGUCGACAUCUGUGGAACAGUAGCACAUGCCAGUCAAGUAUCUACAGUAAAGAAGUUCGAUCAGGUCUCACAAAAACGGUUACCAGUAGCUCAACAAACAUUUGUUGUUGCCGAUAUGACCGGUGCGGUGAUUGUCUACGCAUGGGGUAAUUUGGCUGGCAAUGUGAGCAAUGUCGAUCUGGAAUAA